AAAGUUCAAACGGAAAAGGUCUUUCCGCCAUCUUUAACUUCAAACCCUAAUUUCAAAAUCCCAAUCACUUUGCAAAUUUGUAAUUGAUGGACAUCGACGUAUCUGGAUGGAUUCUUGAGUUCCUUCUCCGUCAAAGUUCACUCGACAAUGGUACGUUAAAUGAUCUAAUCCGCGUUCUUCCAAUUCCUGACAACAAUCUGAGACUUAAAAAGAGCUUAAUCCUGCGAAAAAUCGAGUCGGAUAUAGAGAAAGGUACAAUCUCCGACCGUACAAUCGAGUUUCUCGAACAAAUUGAAGAAUUGGAGCUCAGAGAAGGAUCCGUUGAAGUUUCUGAAGCCAUGAAGGCAGCUUAUUGCACAGUCGCGAUGUAUUGUACUGCAAAAUCUAUAGAAAAGGGCGCUGGUGAUAUGAAAGAGAAGUAUACUACUGCUGUGAGUAGGAUUUGGAGUGGUCGGAUUCGUGAAAUUGAGAUCUCUGAUGUGGCGAAGAUAGUGGGAUUGGUUGAAGAUGACUUGUUGCGUUGGAUGAAUGAUAUCGAGGCUGGGGUUUUGGAUGUAGAUGUUUUUAAAAAUGUUUUGGCAAGGUUUAAAGGAUUGGAUGUAUUGGAAGUCCUUCGUCGGUAUGUAAAUGAGGCAAAAGAAAAGAUGGGUCCUUCGUUUAUUGAAUUGGCAUGCGAGACAAUUUUGAGUGAUGAUGCAUUAAGCAAAAUCAUGGGUUUGAAUGAAGUUUCAGAACUCAAUAAUCAGAUUAAAGACAAUGCACCAACUGUUGCUCCGGUUGUUAGUCAAGAUGUGAAUGCGGAUCCCAAUAGCAAGGGUAAUGAAGCAUUGCGGACACGUGUACUACCAAGAGACAAGCAUGGUGGCCCAAGAUGUUUCAGAAAACCAGGACAUGGUGCAAGUCACAGAGGAGCCAAGAUUGUUGAUCCUAUUGAGACAAAUGCAUAUGAUUGCCUUUCUACCCCUGAAGUGAAUAAAGUACGAGAAGCCCUUAAGGCCAGUUCUUUUGAACUACAUGCAGUAGUGAAGGACCCUCUUGAGAAAGCAUUACGCAUUGCUGAGUCUUUAAAAGCCAACACAACAGGAGAAAAUAUGGGUAACGAACAUGUUGUAGGUAAUGAAAGUAGGGUGGAGGAUGUUGAAGCUUCUAGUCCCUCACAUGAUCGAAAGGGUAAAAAUCUAGAAGCCAAUGAAAAUGAUAGUGUUUGUAGGGAUCAAAGGGAUAAACAUAAGCCCAACCUAUUCGAACGAAAUAGCACUGCUCAUACUCUUGAGUGGAAUGACUCCAUUGAUAGCCCUACUGAAGGGUCACCAACAAGACCUCACUUGCCAAGCCCUAAAAAGAGAGCAGUCUCACCUUUAAGUGAAUACAAAAUGGCAAAACUUGUAAAACACAGACGAAAAAAGAGAUGGACCACAUUAGAGGAGGACACUCUAAGGACUGGUGUUCAAAAGUAUGGUAAAGGAAAUUGGAAGGUAAUUUUAAAUAUAUACCGUGACAUCUUUGAAGAUAGAACAGAGGUUGAUUUGAAGGACAAAUGGAGGAAUCUGACACGCUGGUAACACAAAUUGUUUUGAAACAAGUGAAGGCAAAUUAAAUGGGAUUUUCGUUGAUAUUUUUGUAGCUUCAUUUUCCGGCUAUAAGUUCAUCCAUUGGUAUGUGUUUUUGUGUAUCCUGUUUUUGGGUUUUAUGACAAUGCUUUUGGAUGAUGCCUUCCUUAUGUAUAUAUAAACAGUGUAGCCAACAUUCCCUUUUAUAUAUGUUUAUGUUUAUCGAGUAUGAUAAACGUUAAUUGGCA